AUGUAUCGCUGUGUGUGCUGUGACAGCCCGCUCUUCCGUUCUGAGAAAAAGUUCUGCUCCGGCACCGGAUGGCCUUCGUUUUCUGAGGCCCACGGUACGUCUGGCUCCGAUGAAAGCAACGCGGGAAUCCUGAGAUGCGUGGACACCUCCUCGGGAGUAGCUAGCACAAAGGUUGUCUGCAGGCAGUGCGAAGCUCACCUCCGCCACGUGUUUUCUGAUGGACCCGGGCCUGCUGGUCAGAGGUUCUGCAUCUACAGUGUGGCCCUGAAGUUCAAACCGGGGCAACCCUGA